GGCCAUAGUAACAGGGAUACUUAUAUAAGGCGCUGCAGGCCCGGAGUAAGCCAGAUCGGCCACACACUGCACCAGCCUUGUCUCUCGGAUUUUUUAUCGGAUUUUUGAUAGGAUUUUCAGUAAGAUAAAAUGAGGUAUUUGGCAAUUUGCUGUGUGCUAAUGCUAGCAAUAGCACUGGCGCACACUAUUCCAAGUCAAAGGAUUCAAGGGCUGAGAUCUUUGGCAAAGACAAAGCGAAAUUUUGGUGUGCAGAAUACACUCAUCAACAGACUUAGAGACUUGAAGACGACAAAGUUGAGUCGGCAUUUACAUACUUUGCGCCAGGAGAAUUCGGAAUCCUCAGAAGACACUGAGCCAGAUUGUAAAGAUGUCUGUGACUUUGGAUUGCUAUGGGAAUUUGGCGAAAACUUUAACGAGCAACUGGACUAUUCCAUAAACUGUGGGCUUGAUAAAAUUGAGUCAAUGGAAAAUGAAUUUGAUGAGGAUUACAAGAAGGGUAUGUAUGAAUUAUUUCAAACUUGCAUCUUUUUAUGUUCUGCAAGAAAUUUUAGUUAGAGCAACAAUAAAAUU